UCUCUUUCGAGCAAAAGUCCUGAACCAAAACCCUUUAAAUGGCGUCUCUGGGAAAGAAACGACUUGGUAUCGGUAACAGCAGCGGCGACGAAGGGAUCGUUGCUAGAGUGACGCGCACUGUAUCGGAGUCAGCGAUCGUGAAUACAGCGAAAAAUGCGGCGAACGACACGGCCUACGUGGCUAAGAGGCUGGCUAAGAGCACGGGAAAGGCGGCGUGGAUCGCUGGGACCACUUUUCUCAUCCUGGUGGUACCACUAAUCAUCGAGAUGGACCGCGAGCAGCCGUUCAAUGAGCUCGAGUUGCAGCAACAGAGCCUCCUCGGCGCCCCCCCUGGCCCACUCAACAAGUGAGACUUUUUUGGCGAUGGGAAAUUAGUAGCAGAUAUCACUUCCAGUGAAGAAAAAAGUUGAAUAAAUUCGGUGCUGAAUUAGAAGCAUAAACUAAUUCACUUGAAAUAUUCUGGUA